CACCGCUUCUCUCCACGGACGCCGCGGCAUGAGGAGCCUCUCCUCUCCGCCUUGCAUCUCCGCCGCGUCGCCGAGACACUCUGCGGGAUAAAAAGGAGCGAGGGGGGCCGGCGGGGGGGACGGACGAAAAACACGCACGGACGGACGGGCAGGAAAAAAUGCGCGGGCCAACGCUCACGCUCGCCCUGUGCGCGACUUUGUGCGCCUUCUGCGGAGCGUCUGCCGCCAACAGCUAUAAUUGCCAUGGUCCUUUGGUGUCCGCACUGCCGCGCUCAUCCUUCCAGAGCUCGUCGCAGUCGUCGGUGGGCUACGCCGCCCACAACGCCAAGCUGCACCGGAGAGACGGGGCCGGUGGGUGGUCGCCGGCGGCGAGCGACAAAGAGCCGUGGCUCCAGUUGGACCUCAGGGAGCAGAUGGAGGUGACGGCGGUGGCCACGCAGGGAUGCUAUGACAGCUGGGACUGGGUCGGCGCUUACCUGCUGCUCUACAGCGACACGGGGCGGUCCUGGAGACGCUAUCGCCACGACGACGGCACAGAGAGAUUUGUUGGGAACGUCAAUUCAGAGGGAGUCGUCCAGAACAAGAUGUCCCACUCUGUGAGGGCUCGUUAUCUUCGCUUCGUCCCCCUUGACUGGAACCCCAGUGGCUGGAUCGGUCUCAGAGUGGAAGUGUACGGCUGUUCAUACAAGUCCUAUGUGGCCGACUUUGACGGCAGGAGCUCCUUGCUGUAUCGAUUCAACCAGAAGUCCACGUCCACGGUGAAAGAUGUCAUCUCGCUGAUCUUCAAGAGUCAGCGGGCCGACGGCGUUCUGCUGCACGGCGAGGGCCAGAGAGGAGACUACAUCACUCUGGAGCUUCAUCGGGGGAAACUGGACCUCUACCUUAACCUGGACGACAGCCACCCCAGCUCCAGCGGCUCCCCCCGCGUGGCCGUGACCGUGGGUAGCCUGCUGGACGACCAGCGAUGGCACGCCGUCCACGUGGAGCGCUUCAACACACAUGUCAACCUGACGCUGGACUCCCACACGCGUCACUUCCAAACACGCGGCGAGGCCCACUCGCUGGAGGUGGACUACGAGCUGAGCUUCGGUGGGAUCCCGCUUCCCGGAAAGCCCGGCACGUUCCUCAGGAAGAACUUCCACGGGUGCGUGGAAAACCUGUACUACAACGGCAUCAACGUCAUAGACCUGGCCAAACGACGCAAGCCGCAGAUACACAGUGUGGGCAACGUGACCUUCUCGUGCUCGCAGUCCCAGCUGGUGGCGUGCACCUUCCUGAGCGCCAACAGCAGCUUCCUGACACUCCCGUCAGCAGCGGCGGCCUCCUCGGGCUUUUCCGCCCGCUUCCAGUUCCGCACGUGGAACCCCGAGGGACUGCUGCUGUCGGUGCCGCUCGGCCCCCGGAGGGUGCAGCUCCACAUACGGAAGCGCCGCCUACACCUGACCCUGCACGCCUCCGGGCGCAAGUCGGAGGUCUCUCCAGAUUACACGGUGAAUGAUGGAUUGUGGCACUCCGUCAGUCUGGAGGCCAGGAGGUUCCUCAUCAGUCUGAAGCUGGACAGCGAGCCGUCAUCGCAGAUCGAAGUGUCGGCGUUGCCUCUGGAGUCCAAAGGCACUUUUCACUUCGGAGGGUGUCCCGCGACCGACUGCCACUCCUCGUCUCCGUCCUUCCAAGGAUGCAUGCGGCUCAUCUCCGUCGACGGACAGCCCGUCAACCACAGCCGCGUGCAGCAAGGGAUGCUGGGAAACUUUAACCAUCUUCACUUCGACACCUGCACCAUAACGGACAGGUGUGCGCCUAACAAAUGCGAGCACGGGGGCGUGUGCUCCCAGACGUGGAGCUCCUUCUCCUGUGACUGUUCCGGAACAGGCUACUCCGGCGCCACCUGUCACGACUCCGUCUACGAGUCGUCCUGCGAGGCCUACAAGCUGAUCGGCGGCUCCUCGGGCUUCUACGCCAUCGAUCCCGACGGGAGCGGACCCCUGGGGGCCGCGCAGGUGUACUGCAAUAUGACAGAGGAGAAAGUUUGGACGGUGCUGGCCCACAACAGCACGUCUCCGGUCCGAGUCCAGGCCUCGACUCUGCAGGCGCCGCACGUCGUGGCGCUCGACUACGGCGCCUCUGCGGCGCAGCUGCAGGCCAUCGUGUCCCGGUCGGAGCACUGCCAACAGGAAGUGGUGUACAGCUGCAAGAGGUCCCGCCUCUUCAACACAAAAGAUGGCAGUCCGCUGUCCUGGUGGCUGGAUGGUCGCGGGGAGAAGCGCAGCUACUGGGGAGGUUUCCUGCCGGGGAUCCAGCAGUGCUCGUGCAGCCUGGAGGAGAAGUGCGUGGACAUGAACUACUUCUGCAACUGUGAUGCCGACGCGGACUCCUGGAGCAACGAUACAGGCGUCCUCUCCUACAAAGACCACCUGCCGCUCAGCCAGCUCGUCAUCGGCGAUAUCGGCAGGGCUGGAUCGCAGGCCGUCUACCACGUGGGGCCUCUGCGUUGCUAUGGAGACAGGUCCCUGUGGAACGCCGCCACCUUCUACCAGGAGUCGUCCUACCUUUACUUCCCCGCCUCACCGCCCUCACCCGCCUCCGACAUCUCCUUCUACUUCAAGACCAGCGCUCCUUCUGGCGUCUUUGUGGAGAGCCUGGACCUCAAAGACUUUGUCCGAGUGGAGCUUAGCUCUCCCUCCACGGUGUCCUUUUCUUUCGACGCGGGAAGCGGCGCGGCGGUGCUGUCGGUAAAGUCCCACGUUCCACUGAACGACCGCCAGUGGCACCACGUGAGGGCGGACCACAACGUCAAGGAGGCGUCGCUGCAGGUGGACCAGCUCCCCGCACGCUUCCUGGCGGCCGCCGCUGACCGCCAGCUGCCCUUGAAGCUGAGCAGCCAGCUCUUCGUAGGUGGCACCACGUCGCUGCAGAGAGGCUUCUUGGGCUGCGUCAGGAGCCUGAUGGUGAACGGGCGGAGCUUGGACCUGGAAGAGCGCGCCAAGAUGACCCCGGGCGUGAGCGCCGGCUGCCCCGGCUACUGCAGCGGCUCCAGCAGCCUUUGCCACAACAGGGGGAGAUGCAUCGAGAAGAGCAACGGCUACGUGUGCGACUGCUCGCAGUCGGCCUACGCCGGGACCUCCUGUAACCAAGAAGUCUCAGUGUCCUUCGACAAGGAGUCCUCGCUGACCUACACGCUUCAGGAGCCCUUCUCCGUCAUGCUGAACAAGAGCUUGCGGGCGGACAGCAGCCGCGCCCGCGAGGACGUCUCCUUCAGCUUCAUCACCUCACGCUGUCCCGCCAUGCUGCUGUCCGUCAGCACACUCAGCCGCCAGUACGUCGCCGUCAUCCUCGCCAGGAACGGUAGUCUGCAGAUUUGGUACCACCUGCAGACGGACAGGAAGCCCGACGUCUUCUGCCCCGCCUCCGCCAACCUGGCAGACGGCCGCCUCCAUCGGGUGAGGAUCCACAGAGUGGAGAACAAGAUCUACGUACAGUUGGACCAGGACAUCCACAGAAAGUACACGUUGACCUCAGAUGGAGAACUGGUCUUGAUCAGAACCCUGACGUUGGGCAGAGUCCUCAGAUGGGAAGCCUCCGGCGAGGAGCUGAGGGAGGCCGCUGACCAAGGUUUCGUGGGCUGUCUCUCAUUGGUCCAGUUCAACAAGGUGGCGCUGCUCAAGGCGGCGCUGACCAACCCUGGAAGCUCAUUGGUCAGCGUGCACGGCCCCCUGCUCCAAUCCAACUGUGGCGCUCUGGCCGACUCCUCCUCGCGAUCUUUGACAGAUCAAACGCUGCCCGGGAAGGAGGGAAAGAAACAUCGCGACGCACACAACGACGUGGCGCUCAUCGCAGGAGUGGUCGCGGCCGCCGUCUUCAUCGGAGCGUGCGCCGUGGCAGCCGCCACCCGGCUCCUCUACCAGCGGCGGCAAUCCAGGGGGAGUGAGGUCAAGCGGGAGGGCGCCGCGUCCGCCGGCGCCGUGUACACGGACUACCGCACUGAGAUGCGCACGCACGCCGCCGCCUCCGUCAGGGAUAACGUGAAGGAGUACUACAUCUGAUACCACAUGUAGUACUACAUGUAAUACAACAUGAGGUAGUACUACAUGUAAUACAACGUGAGGUAACACUACAUGGGACCUAACAUAAAGGAGUACUACAUCCGAUGUAGUAGUACUACAUCUGAUCCCGCACCAAACGCAGGGUGUACACCACAAACAGGAAGUGGACGCAGGAACCACUUCCUGUCUUUGCAAAAACGUAGACGAUGAAAGGCAAGCAAGACGCUUUCCAACGGAGGUUUUUGUCCAGUGGGAGGAGCUCAGCCGGCAGAGAAGGAAGAAGGUCGAGGCCAUGCUGAAGUGUGCUUCAUUUCAAAAUAAAGGCGCACGGCUCGGACCUUAAUGAGCCAAUUAAACACGCGAGGCUCAGACUUUGUGUUCCACCUUUGAUCUCCUUCUCCUUAUUAUUUUUACAGUCUUGAGCACAAAAGAAGAUGUAUUAUAUUCAGAGUAGGAGGAUUUGAAGAGAAUGUGAAUAAACAAAACAACUUUUA